CUUCCUUAUUUGCCAUGUGUUACGCGCCUAUAGGGCGGCAGUAUAUCCACGCUGGCCUGGGGGUCCUUCGUAAUACCUAGCUGACGAGGAUAGGUGAAGGAACCAGUUGAAAUAUGCACUACUAAGUGUCAGUAGCUGCCUAUUAUGCCCUUUAGCAAGACCGACUGCUUCCCUUCGAUGAAUGCCAUCCUAAGGUUGACGGCCUACCAACAUGGCGCCAUUAACUCUUGACAUGACAUGAAAUGGAAGAGCAGCAACUCUCGUUUAUGAGUAGUCUCCGGCUAAUUUGCCUAACACUCCUAGCUGUUUUUUCUGUUUGCAAUGCGGCAACGCUAGUUGCCACGCCAAAGCGUGGACUGCUGCAAUCAACUCAGAAUAACAGUCUUAUAUGCGCGGAGUGCAUCCUCAAUGAGCUGACUUCCUCCAACACGACUCUGGCACCCCUGGUCCUUACGAAUUCUUCUCAGUACGAACUAUGGGUGGAACGCCUUGGUGCGUUGCUGAGGAGCGAUCAGCAAUGUGUCGCAGCUCGCAGCAACGGAUCGGAAUCUCUGGUGCUUUCGUGGGCACAGUACCCUUCAUGGGUCAACGGAGCUUUCACGGAGUGGGUUUGGCACCUCAAAAACAGCACCGACACCGCCGAGUACUACACACGUGUGCUAUUCGAGGGGCCCGAGGCGAUGCCGGAACUGACGGAGUUGAACUCAUCAGCUGCCAUGCGCUCUUAUGCGGUGGACCAUAAUGCCGAGGCGGUGGUGUACAGCGCUGACUUGUCCGGACUCUCCACCAGCUACGUGGUGGCGCAGAGGAACAUCGCGGACUACACGGAAAACGUCUGCCUGGAUAAGCGCAAUCCUCGCGGUCCGCUGCACCCUCGCACCUACAUGCUACUCUUCUACAGGCCAGACGCCCUGGCAGCCCUCCGGACCGCCCUGGGAUCCUCAACUUCAGUCGCUGCUGCACCCCCUGACGACUGGGAAGGGCUACUAGCGCUGCUGCAGGCUCAUGCAGCAGCCGUACAGUCCUCCUCCACCUCAGGGCUUCCAAAGUACGGCAUGUGCGUCACAACGGAACCGUCGUGCGGGCGGUUGGGCGACGUCGCUACAGCCAUAGCAGCUAGUGUCGUACAGUCUUCCGGAACGCACCAGGGCUACGUGUUUGACUUGACGAGCAGCUCGGAAAACAGCGCGACACCGUUGGUCAACGGUACCGGUUGGCGUUACGCGUACGACAUGCUACGUCAGCUGUUGAAGUACAAUGCUCCGGAUUACGUGCCAGGCAGCAGCGAUACCACCAGCAGCAACAAUUAUAGCGGCAAGAACAACACCAUCACGCCGGGUUCGAACUGUCAUUCAGUUAGCCCAGAGUUCACUUCUGGAGAAUGUCUGCUGACACUCGAAUGGGAUGUAGCGCUUCUCUCCAUGACGUCUGCCGUAUUGCAAAAACCGGGGGCGCUAGGAGUAGCACCGUUACCAGGCAGCAGGGUCGUGGUAUCGGCAUCAACCACCACCACCACCUCCGGAACCAGUAGUAGCACCGCCACCACCACCACCAGCAGCUCGCUCGUCCCAUGCAAUCGUACGACGUGCUCCGUUAGCGCGAAUCAUGACCUGCUUUUCCUGACAGCAGCAGGACAGCAGGGUGCGGCACUUGCGGCAGCUCGCGACGCUGCGGCGGCAUGCGGUACGAGUGAGAGGGUGCGUUUGGAGGCAGCGGCGGUGGCGGCGGUGGCUGGGGCUGCCAGCGUGACAGGGGCAACCGUUGUCAACCGUGCCCCUUACUCGGCGCUGUUUGAUUAUUACGUGUACAUAAACUAUGACGUCAUAGCCAUGUACGGGCUAAGUGAGCCCAUGUCGCGGAUGCAACUCAACGUGGCUUCGCGAAUCACAAAGGAGCGCCAGGCGCGGCAAGACGCGAUGGAUGCCAUACGUCGCGCAGUGCUAGCCGCUUCUAGCAGCAGUAGCAGCAGUAGCAGCGCCUCAAUCGAUGCAGUUACCUUUACAUCAACACCCUGGUGGAGUGCGCUGGGCGAUUACGCAGGCGUGAAGUCGCUUGGCAGCAGCAGCUACAGCGAUAAGACGCUGUCUACGGCAGUUGCUGGGGCGUUAGCGCCGUACAUUGCAUUCGGUUUUGAUGCAACAACAACAGCGUCGUACUUCCGCGCACUAUGGCAUGCUGUACACUCGCCCAACGGGGCACCGGACAUUGCUUCCCCGGCCAUGAUUAACUGGUUCAAAUGGGGCAUCAACCGAGCGGCUCUGCUGCUGCUGCCGCCCAACGCGGCUUCCAGCGAGGAGGUCGCAGCGCAGCUGGCGCGAGUGUUUGAGUUGGUGAAUGAGGCUCACACGCCGGCUACGGUCCGCGCAACCUAUGAGGAGUCGAUUGACGUGGCACAGACGUCGUUAGUGCUGUCGCCGCCACCAUCACUUAGCAGCAGCAAGAAGUCAGCGCUGAGUUCCGGAGCCAUGGCAGGAGUCAUCAUUGCUGCGUUGGUGGGUAUCGUACUGGCGACCAUGUUGGCUGUUGUGCUCGUACGGCAACGUAACCGCCACCGCGACCUGCUGGGUCGUGUACGGGCGCCGCGCGCGGGACCGGAUACCACUCUGCUUAUCACAGACAUCCAGAGCAGCACCACGCUGUGGGAGGCGCUGCCCGUAUCCGUCAUGGACGCUGCUCUCAAACUGCACCACACCACCAUACGCCGCAUGUUGGCCGAGUACGAUGGCUACGAGACCGGCACAGAGGGCGAUUCCUUCAUCGUGGCAUUCGCAGAUCCAUCCAGCGCAGUGGCUUUCGCAGUGGCGACGCAGGAAGCUCUGGUGCUUCUGGAGUGGCCCCAGCAACUGCUAACUCACCCAGAGGCCAUGCCGGUCCUGGUGGACCCCUUGGAGGGUGAAGUGGAACACGAGGCAGGCGUGCCGGGCGCUGGCGGCAGCGGUUUUCGGGGUGCCGUGGGAAGCGGCAGCAUCCGAAGGACCAACCCCGCGGGGGAGGACUCCCUAGCAUCGCGAAUAGCGAGCUUCAUCUCCUCUCGGGUGCGCGUCGCCGCUGCCUCAUCGACGCCGCGUCGGGGCUCGGCAACACCCGUAACGCCUCCGCCAUCUACGCCGUACACUCCUCGCAGCGGUGUAAGCAGCGUUGCCAUAUUCAGCGCGUACGAAGACGCAUCGGUUUGUAACGGCGUGGAGGGAUCCGUGGUAGUUAACUUUGGUAACAGCCAAGGCAGCGUCACCAGAGCCCGAGGGCCGCCGCCGCCGCCACGUGCCGAGCGUGUCAGAUGGGGCCCGCCAAGCACCGUGGAAAUGGCUGCUAACCCCGCUUCCGAAUCUGCUUCUGGAGAAAACGCUCUUUUCCUCGUCGCAUCUUCGGAAACGAAAGGUCCGGUACAAGAGUCCACGAUACAGCUGCCACCUGCUUCCGAGCCAGUAGUAGUUCCCGCUGCAGUCGUCAAUGACGGCCGUAUCUCGCCUCUCGUCACGGCGGCAGCGCGUUUACACACAUUGCUGGGUGGUGGUGGCGGUGGCGGAGGCAAUGCCGGCAGCGGCGGAGGCGCCUCCUCUGCCGCCGCCAGCGGAGGUGGCGGCAUCACGCAACGCGGAGGCGGAGGCGGCGGCGGAGGCGGAGGCGCCCUUAAGAAGGCCCUUAUUGCCGGACACGAACGGUCGCCUCGUGCGUCAACGGAUUGCAAUUCCCCAAUCAUUCCCCCGGGCUCUGCGAGCUCUAACGGGGAUGGGUUGCUGGGGUCAGCUGACCGCUGGGGCUUGGCGCUUCAGGCGGUGUUCCCAACCCUGCCAGCGAACGAUAUGCCGUCGGUGGUGUUGAAGGGCGCCGCAUUGAAGAGUCCCCGCGUGCUGAUUCCCUCCUCCGCCCGACUUGGCGUGGUGGCGUACCGGGGCCUGCGCGUGCGCAUGGGCAUCCACACGGGUCUGGACGACUCUGCAUGCAUCGGCUUCAACAAGGUCGCCAGCGCGUUCAAAUACCAUGGCGCCUUCGCGGAGGCUGCCAAAGCCACGGAAUCCACCGCACCCGGAGGCCUGGUAGUCCUCUCCAGCGCCGCCUUCGUCCGACUUCGCAACACGAUGGGCGGUUCCGGAGAGGACAAACUCGCCUGGCAACGGAGGAGCAGCCGCCGCCGCCGCGGACCCGAGCCGUUGGUCGUGUACGGCGGACACCACCUGCUACCGGAAGCCAAAAAGCCGCCGCCCUCCGCCAGACGCGCCUCUGCAACGGGGCUACCUCCUCUCCCGCCUGGUGGACUCGCUCCGGGUGGUGACGUGGCCAAGUCGCCGCCGUCGUCGCUGCUGCCGCCGCCGCCGCCUGCGGCGGCGGCAACUGCUGUGCAGCCAGAGGGUCCUACCGCCGCCGCGACUGAGGAUGCGGCUGCAGAUGGAUUGGCGCUGUACGCAGCGGUGCCGGCGUCGUUGGUGUGUCGUCUGGCGCUGUCGCCGCCGCUGGUCAGCGAGCGGGUGGUGCAGCUGGGCAGUCUGGCGGCGCCGGUUGGGACCGUCACGGUGGCGUUCAUGUACGUGGUGGGGGCCUCCACGCUGCUCACCGACAUACCCGGCCCCGCCGCACGCGCCCUGGAGCAGUUCCAGCGGCUGGCGUGCGGGCUUCUGGGGGCUGCGGGCGGCUAUCUGGUGGAGGGGGAGGAGGGGCUGCUGCUGGCGGCGUUCGGAGCGCCACGGGCGGGAGUGGAGUGGGCGCUGGAUUGCGUAGCGGGACUGAAGAAACUGCACUGGGAGGACGAGCUGCUGAGUCACUGGCUGUGUGAGGAGGUGCUGUCUGUGGGGGUGGCCGGCACCGCCGUGGAGGGGCUGGAGCCGGGGAACGACGACUCACUGCCGCCCAUCUCCAGCCGCACGCUGGGCCGGAGCCUCAGCCGCAUGCCCAGUAUGGCCCGGCUGGGAGCAAGGGCGGCGACGCAGAAGGUGCAGGAGCGGGGGCUGCGGAUCAAGGUGGGUUUGGAUUGCGGUCGUGCCUCGCACACCCUGACGGAGUCCUCAGGCCGGCUCAGCUACCGAGGCAAGGUAAUGAACCGCGCGUCUCGAGUUGCGGGGAAGGCAGCCGCGGGCCAGGUGCUGUGUACGGAUGCGGUGUGGAAGGGGUGCAUGCGACCGCUUCUGAAACCCAGCGGCAGCAUCAGCUCGCAGUAUCAGGCAGACGAGGACGAGGAUGAGGAUGAUGCGCUGAGCAACUUAGUGGGAAUGAGUUUGGGGAAGGUAGCACUCAAGGGCGUGACUCUGCCUGUUGAGUUAAUUCAGUGCAUGCGGGGUUGAUGAAGCUGCUGCUACUGCUGCGAUGGUGUGAAGGUGUGAUGUAUGUGGUGAUGCUGCGAGGAUGAACUUUUCUGUGGUUGAACGUUUGUGGAACGAUUGCGGUUAUUAACUUUUGCGUUACGUGAUACUUACAAUAAUGCAUGGUGUCAACUGUGGUUAUGUGGUUUACUACUGCUACUGCACUACGACUGCUGGCGAAUUCGGGCUGCUGGGUUCGCUCCUCUCAUCGUCAUCUGUUGCUGGGGCUGGGGCCGUGGCCGGGAUUCAUAUCGGUUUUGGUCAAGCAGGAGGCAUUCCUUACGUGCGAACUACAGUGACUGCAACCAAGGGUUGCUGCAACAACGGGCAUUCCUGGGGGCUGUGAUACGCCCCUUUCUUUGCGCCGCCUCUUGGUUUAGGAUUCUGGGUCAGUCCGUGCAUGUGUCCCAUCACGCGCCCUCCUACAACCAAGAGACCCUAUACGUGCGUCACUUGUUGACCGUUGUUGGCCGUUGUUAACUGCCGUCAGCUGUCCUUCCGUACUGCCUCUGAAUGUGGAUACUGAGGCUAAUUGCGGGUUAUACGUAACUGGUGCUGGUGAUACGAGGGUGACCGGUUUAAUUACGCCGCCACCACCCACCAUACCAUUUUGAGAGGGGGAAAGUGUCCUUUACAGCUGGCAAUAAGCUUAUGUGCAUUACGUAACAUAUGGGAGGUGGGAGGUUUUGGAUAGCACAACAACCACUACAUGGUAUAUAGUUAAAUGGAGAGUUGAUGGAAUCCUUCUGACAGGCGGGUAACAAGAGAGGGGGUGGGGGCAGGGUGUGAGGCACUGGCCCGUGACCAUUUGCUCAUAAUUGUUUAAUAAUGCAUGGGAGCUUGAAGUGUGCGUGCAAGUCACUCGUAUGUCGUCGGUGGUUAUUAGCCAGAGAAGGUUGUGUGCGCGUUUCGACGGCUUAAUAAUGGCGCGGGUGAUGAGAGUUGCAUCUUCCUGACAUACGGUCAGUUAGCCUUUGAGUGGGUUUUGUCACCAUAAAAUCAUCGUCACCAGCUGUGCUCUUUAUUAAGGGCCAGGAAGCGCACGCAGGCGUUGUGGAAAUGGUUGGAUAUUUAUGGUUGCCAGAAUAAGAGGUUGGAAUUUGGUUCCCCGAAGAAAGGUUUUUUGUGCUUGUUGGACGACAGAAGUACGGUUCCUGCUUAAGACUCAUAUUAGGCUCUUGCUAGAGCCGUUUACGUACCUACCUAUUGGUUUUGCGUAUGCCUGUCUAACAUGUUGUUUAGCCAAACAUUCAAUUAUGGAAUAACGAAGAUGUAAGUUGCUGCCCAGAA